AUGAUAAUCUUUCGGACAUUAACAGCACAGCGUAAAAUUAUUCAUCCUACUGCAGCAGUACUGUUUAUGUUAAUUAUGUUAUUAACAGUAGCUGAUAUUUCAUUGGCUCGGAAGCAAAAACGAAAACCUUGCAAACGAAUGGCCUUCAAUAGACAUACAACAAAUUAUCGCUCUUGGCGAGAACAGAUGACCGUUUGUGAGUUACUUGAUAAUUAUGAUCCUACAGUGCGACCUUCCGGAAGAAUGCCCACUAAUGAUCAAAAAGGUCCAGUAAUUGUGUGGACGAGCUUGGAAAUUCGUUCCAUUAGUGCAAUUAGCGAGCGAAAUAUGGAAUUUGUUGCACAAUUUCGCUUUCAACAAGAAUGGUUUGAUGAUCGACUUCGAUACACAGAUCAUAGUGAUUUCCGUAACUUUGACUUUAUUCAUGUUGCUCGUGAUCAAGUACUGUGGAUUCCUGACACGUUCUUUCAAAAUGAGCGGAACGGAUGGUACCAUAUGUUGGAUCAGGAGAACAAAUUUAUCAAAUUGCGCUCUGAUGGAAAAGUUAUUUACAAUCGCAGGUUAACGCUAAUACUGGCAUGUCAAAUGAACCUGAUUCGGUAUCCAAUGGAUGUUCAAGAGUGCCUUAUCGAUUUUGCUAGUUAUGCUUAUACAACAACUGAUAUUGUUUACAAAUGGGACCGUGCUGCAAUAACAAUUGAUAAGGAUGCCAAUAAUGCUCUGCCGAAUUUCCGAAUCAGUGCCUUUGAAAAUAAAUCCUGUGAUAGCACCACGAAUACAGGGACAUACAGCUGUCUUCGGGUGGAGCUUAGACUCAGUCGUGUUUUCUCAUUCUUUCUCCUACAGCUUUACAUUCCAUCGACAAUGCUGGUCGGAGUGUCUUGGGUAUCAUAUUGGAUUGACUGGAAAAGCACCGCCGCACGCGUGCCUCUUGCAAUUGUCACCCUGCUGACCAUGAUCACCCAAUCACAUGCAAUUAAUUCGAAUCUACCUCCAGUGAGUUAUACCAAAGCUAUUGAUAUAUGGAUCGGGGCUUGCGUCGUAUUCAUAUUUGCAUCAUUGAUCGAAUACGCAGUUGUGAAUUACGUGGGAAUUUUCGAUAAACAUCGAGAAGUACGAAAGAUGACAUGCAAUCAAACGCGUCUCACUAAUGUUAUCGAAAAUGGCCUUUUGUAUAGUCCUGUGGAAUGUAUUGCAACUUCACCAGCAUCCUGUUUAAACAGUCCCGAGAAAAAAAGCUUAUUACGAUAUAGGCGGAAACAAAGUUUUGAAGAAAAAAGCGGGGAAUUGAUGGACUGCAAUCCAUCACACAUAUUACAUGCUCCGGAUCCUAUUUGGACAUUUCAGGACGUAUCAGAUCUGAUAUACAUCGGACAAAGGAAACGCGUCGAAUUAAUACGAUGGUGCAGUUUGUUAUCUUCACGUGAACGAGCGGAACGAAUCGAUAUAAUGGCCAGGUUGAUUUUUCCAGUGGCUUUUAUCCUGUUCAAUUUUGCAUACUGGAGCAUAUAUUUGGGUGAGAUGGAGGAGUGA